AUGUUCAGAUCCAGUGUCAAAGUUGCCAGACCUAUUGUGUCCGGCGUCAGCAAGCGCUCGUUGAGCUUUGCUGCCCCACAAUUUGGCGGUGCUCUUCAUUACAAAAACUCACUUUUGCAGAGAGUCAUGAUCACAUCUAGAUCGCAGUCCACAGUUGUUAAAGUGCCUCCAAUGGCUGAGUCGCUUACCGAGGGUUCUCUUAAGGAGUUCAGCAAACAGGUGGGCGAGUUCAUUCAACAGGACGAGCUGCUAGCCACCAUCGAGACUGAUAAGAUCGAUGUCGAAGUGAACGCUCCAGUCUCCGGUAAAGUCUCUAAGCUCAACUUCCAACCGGAUGACACCGUCACUGUCGGCGACGAUUUGGCCGAAAUCGAGGCUGGUGAAGCUCCAGCUGCUGGCGAGCAAUCGCAGGAACAACCUGCCAAGCCUAAAGAAGAAGAGGCGGCUCCAAAGCCUCAAGAAUCUGCACCUCCUAAGGAAGAGCCAAAGCAAUCCACACCACCACCUCCUCCUCCUCAACCGAAGAAAGAAUCAGCUCCUCCAAAGCAAGAAUCAGCUCCUCCUAAGCAGGAGUCUGCCCCAACCCCUUCUGCUUCGUCUGCAAACUUUACCCGUUCCGAACAGAGGGUUAAAAUGAACCGCAUGCGUUUGAGAAUUGCAGAAAGAUUAAAGGAAUCUCAAAACACAGCCGCUUCAUUAACCACUUUCAACGAAUGUGACAUGUCUGCUUUGAUGGACAUGCGUAAACUGUACAAGGAUGAAAUAAUCAAGAAGACUGGUGUCAAGUUUGGUUUCAUGGGUCUAUUCGCUAAAGCGUGUACGUUGGCCGCCAAAGAUGUACCAACUGUUAAUGCCGCUAUCGACGGUGACCAAAUUGUGUACCGCGACUACACCGACAUUUCAAUCGCUGUUGCCACUCCAAAGGGUUUGGUUACUCCUGUGGUCCGUAACGCAGAAUCCAUGACUGUUUUGGACGUCGAGCAAGAAAUUUCUCGGUUGGGAAAGAAGGCUCGUGACGGUAAAUUGACUCUAGAAGACAUGGCUGGCGGCACUUUCACUAUUUCGAACGGUGGUGUCUUUGGCUCCUUGUAUGGUACACCAAUUAUCAACAUGCCACAAACUGCUGUGUUAGGUUUGCAUGGUGUUAAGGAAAGACCUGUUACCGUAAAUGGUCAAGUCGUAUCCAGACCCAUGAUGUACUUGGCUUUGACUUAUGACCACAGACUCUUGGAUGGAAGAGAAGCGGUUACGUUCUUGAAGACAGUCAAGGAAUUGAUCGAAGACCCAAGAAAGAUGAUGCUUAUGUAA